GAGAGAGAGAGAGAGAGAGAGCAAAAGAAAGAGUGGACAGCCACUCUGGUGCACUCUGGUGGUUCCUGCAACAGCGUCGCUGUUCCUUGAUCUCCAACAGUCCAACUGUGGAGCUUUGUGGCUCGUGCAGGAUUCAGCGGCGAACACUGCAAACUCCUCUAAUCCCAGUGGACGGAUUUAAAUGGACGGGGCCGAGUUUUCUUCGCAAAAACUUUUUUUCGCUUGAUGUUUCCUGGAUUCACAAGAGUGCUGCAACUCCAUGACCUGCAAUUGUUUCGGCUCUGUGGACAGUUUGGAUGGAUCUUUUUGGGGAACAUGUUGCUGCUGCCUACGCCAGGAGAACUUCCACAAACAAUCACGACUCUGGAAACAUGGAAAGCCACGACCGCCUGUUGAACACAGCCAAACAAGCCUCCCAAGGUGUGAAAUGUAAGCAGCACCUGCAAAGUAGAGAGUAACUAUUAUUUAUUGAGGAGCUUUUGAUUGUGGGCAGAUUUAUGAUGCUUUUGGGAAAUGCAGAUCCUUUAGCUUUGUUACCUCUGACGUGAAAAACACUCUGAGUUGAUCCGGUGAAUGAUGGAUGGCAACUUGAACACUUCAGUGUCUAAUGUGACCAACAGCACGGGACCCUACUACAAUGCGGCGGGACCCUGGAGCCUCAUCAUACUGGUCAUCAUCAUACUGAUCAUAGUGGUGGGAAACCUGCUGGUCAUCAUCGCCGUGGCUCGCACUUCGCAGCUGCAGACGACGACAAACAUUUUCAUCAUGUCUCUGGGGUGUGCGGACCUCAUCAUGGGCGUCUUUGUGGUGCCGCUGGGGGCCACUAUUGUGGUGACUGGCGAAUGGCAGCUCAGUAACACAUUCUGUGACUUCUGGACUUCUGUGGACGUCCUGUGUGUGACGGCGAGCAUAGAGACGCUCUGUGUCAUAGCAGUGGAUCGAUAUAUAGCCAUUACUAGGCCGCUCCGACACAAGGUCGUUCUCAAUAAGUGGCGUGCCAGAGUAAUAGUUUGUUUAGUGUGGGUUGUGUCCUCCUUAAUUUCAUUUGUACCAAUUAUGAAAGGGUUUUGGCGUGAUGAUGAUGAUACAGCGAAGAAGUGCUACGAUAGCCCUAAAUGCUGCGACUUUGUGACCAACAGGGCCUUUGCUAUCAUAUCUUCUACAGUGUCUUUUUACAUCCCACUGCUCAUCAUGAUAUUCGUGUAUGCAAAAGUCUUUCUAAUAGCCACGCGGCAGGUCCAGCUCAUAGAUAAGAAUCGCAUGCGUUUCCAGAGUGAGUGUCCAUCAGCACAAUUGCAAGUCGGGCCUCACAUCAACAAUGUCACGCCGUUGGCGUGCGCAGCCUCCAGCGGCUGCAACAGCGCCGUGCGGAGAAAGAGCGCCAAGCGGAGGCCGUCGCGGCUAAUGCUCGUCAAAGAGCACAAGGCCCUCAAGACUUUGGGUAUCAUCAUGGGGACCUUCACUGUGUGCUGGCUGCCGUUCUUUGUCGCCAACAUCAUCAACGCAUUCAACAGAGGCGUUCCCUCGGAGAGGGUCUUCCGACUGUUGAACUGGCUCGGUUACAUCAACUCCGGCCUCAAUCCAAUCAUCUACUGCAGGAGUCCAGAGUUUCGUACAGCGUUCAAGAACCUGCUGGGCUGUCCGUGGCUGUCCACGCUGCGCCUCAAUACUUUCUAUAAAGAGCUCCGGACUCGCUGCUCCUGCUUUCUGUGGCAGGCUGAGUCAGGCACAGCCGCCUCUUUCCAAAAGUCUGCAGCCAGCAGGAGUGAAGGCAGUCUGGCCAGUAUGCAGGGAAGCUGCAAAAGUGAGGAGGCUUCCUCUGGUCCUCUGCAGUCCAACGGCAGCGCACAGUUCACUGACUUAUCAGAACCAGAAAACCAAUACUUCACGUUGCAGGAAAAGGACGGCUGAACUGUAAAAUGUCAAGCUACUGACUGAUGAUACUGUGAUUCCCGCGAGGGCUGAGACCAAACAGCGGCGAGGGCGAGCCAGAGCCGAGCGCAGCUGGACUGACCGUAGAGAAACGGCGGAUCCGGUCCGGACAGGCAUCCUGCUGCUGCCUCUGUGGACGGGAGACGGGCCGCUGCACCUCAGCACUUCGCAGUCUUUAGGUGACACCGAUGUUGAGCCUCCCAGCGUCACCUAAAUACUGUCCCUGAAUGAGACAAUCCUGCAUGUUUUCAAUGCAUUCCAGUGAACCUCUGGACACAGUGUGUGUGCCCGGUGGUGUCAAAAAUCACAGCGUAAACUAAUUUUGUGCAGUAUAUUAUCUGGUAAGUUAUCUAUUUAUGAUACACCGAAUCUGUAGCAAAAUACAAAAGGACUUAACAGAAGGUCAUAAUUCUGGCAGAGGCUUCACUGAACAGUUAAGAAAGCUUCAUUUUUAUGGCACAAACUCCUCAGUGUAAUAUCAGCUGAAGCAAAGGGCUGUGCAUUCAAAUAUCCAGUUCUGGUGUCUGUUUUCAGUCUUAAUAUGUCUCUUUUGAUCCUGGAGUCAUCCUGCUUAAAUUAUGUUUUACACCACAGCUGUGGAAAAUACUUGUUUCUGAUUGGCUGGCUGUUAAAAUCUUACAUCAGGACAACUAAAACAUAACUCCUGUCAGCAUUUAAAGGUGAAGUGAGUCAUUCAGGAGAAAGAUUGCUGAUAUUCAUGUCUCCUCGGGGUCCAGUAGCUGUCUGCUCUGUGUAUUCAUGGCUCCUCUGACUGGCAAAUAUUGCAUCCAAUCAGCAACAGGUGGCGUUCGUUUGUGCUCGUGCGCAGGAGUAGGGGGAGAGGAGGGAAGUCUGGCAUGCUAACGUGCAUUCUCAUUGUGAAGGAGAAGAUGGCAGCAUCAGCAAGGGUUCUCCUGAAUGACUCAGCCCACCUUCCCUUGCAGUGUAAAUCAGUGUGCAAGGUACAGUAUUAUAGCCUGCAGGUAACCACAGCAAGACACUUCUGCUACAUGCUGUGUUAGCGGUAAACUCAGUAAGCAGCCAUGUUCAAGUUCAACGACACACUCUGAAAUGUCCCAAUAUAGAAAAGUGAUGGACUUGAUUGAGGAGACGUUGCCUCCACCUCGUCCAUUGUUUUUUAUAUAUCAGGUCUCCGUGUUGUGUGUUACGUAACAUCAUCUGUUGCAUUGAGAAAUAAAAUAUCAAACUGUG